GGUGGGCAGUAUAGGUUUGCGUGAGGGGGGAGGGGCCACGCAGGAUCAGGUUGGCGGUUCACAGUGACUUUAUUUUCCAUCAGAGGAGGCAGGAGGAGUGCAGGAGGGAGGACAGCACUUGACUGCGCUCCGGAGCGCCGGUGGCAGCCACAGCAGCGAAUGACUGCUCUCAGGGAAAAUUAGCUGAAUUCCUCUCUGGAUGCAGCAGAAACACACACACACUCACACAGAGACACACACUCUGAGGAAGGGCGUACAUCUUAAAUCCACCAAAGCCUCCCAGUUGAAUUUUUUUCUCUUUUCUUUGUCAGUUUUUGGUUCCACUUUUUAAUGAAGAUUUAUAGAUAUUAAGUGUGACAGACAUUGGCAGAGUUUCCUGUUAGACUAUGAUGGCGGCCAAGGAAUCCUGGAAAGUGUCUUUCCCUGUAAAUCCAGCAGAUGAGCGGUCUGGAAAACGUUUGGUGGGAGCUGAGAGAUGCCGGGUCUCCUGAAGAAUGUGAAAGAGGUGCCACUAAUGCACAAAACCCUCCAGGAUAAAAUGUCUCUGGCUGUUCGCGAUGGUUCCUGCUGAGAACACGAGCGUCUUCUCCCCGGCCUGUCUCAACUGCAGCUCCUCCACCUAUGCAGACGUAGACGUGGCCAAAGCAGUGGUUCUGGGGGUUGUCAUGGUGGUGUUUGUAGUCUUUGGGGUGUUUGGCAACAUUCUGGUCAUCCUGUCUGUGUUGCUGCACCACCAGUGGCGCUCGGUAACGCAUUACUUCAUAGCCAACCUGGCAGCCGCAGACCUGCUGCUCAGCUCCGCCGUCCUGCCUUUCUCCGCCACCUCGGAGGCGCUGGGCAGGUGGGUGUUUGGCCGGUCCCUCUGCAAUGUGUGGGCCGCUCUGGAUGUUCUCUGCUGCACCGCCUCCAUCCUCAGCCUCUGUGUGAUUUCCAUCGACCGCUUUUUGGCCGUCAGCUACCCACUGCGCUACCCUGCCAUAGCGACCGGCCGGCGAGGCCUGACGGCGGUGGCUGCGCUCUGGAGCCUCUCGGCAGCCAUUUCUGUGGGGCCUCUGUUUGGGUGGAAGGAGCCUCACCCGGAGGACGAGACGGUGUGCCGGAUCACAGAGGAGCCGGGCUAUGCUCUGUUUUCAGCGUUGGGCUCCUUCUACAUCCCCCUGGCCAUCAUCCUCGCCAUGUACUGCCGUGUCUACACCGUGGCUAAAAGAGAGAGCAAAAGCUUGCAGGAGAGCCGGAAGGGAGAAGGCGUGGAGAUGGAGGGGGUGAUGCUGAGGAUACACAGAGGGAAUGCAGCUCACUCAGGGAGACAGGAGGAUGAGGAGGAACCCAGCAUGCACAAGCGGCCCUCUUUUCCACUCCCCAAACUGCUGAAGUUCUCAGGAGAGGUAAAGGCUGCCAAGACUCUAGGAAUCGUUGUGGGCUGCUUCGUUCUGUGCUGGCUCCCCUUCUUCCUGGUUUUACCCAUCGGAUCCAUCUUCCCGUCCUGUAAGCCCUCUGAGACCAUCUUCAAGAUAACCUUCUGGCUGGGCUACCUCAACAGCUGCAUUAACCCCAUCAUCUACCCGUGUUUCAGCCAGGAGUUCAAACGAGCCUUCCACAACGUGCUGCGUGGCCGCUGUUUGAGAACCGCCGUUCCCACAGCCAAACCUCCAGGACACACCUCUGCCCACUCCUCCAGUCCAGGCCCUACGUCUAGUGCGUCGGCUGUGUCGGUCCAAAGCCACGGACCUGCUUCGUCGUGGGCUUGCUGCAGGCUGCUCUCAACCUCUUCGUCCUCGGUCAGCGGCUUAGACCAGGCGCAAAACGCGCCGGCGCAGAGUAAAAGUCUGCUGAAGGCCUGGUGUUUUUCAGCCAGACAAACACCGAUUCCACAGGACCCCUCAGGCCGCAAGUCUAAGAAGGUUCUUCGCCUUUCUCUCGCCAUUUCAGGGGAACCUGUUUGACUUUCUGCGUGGAGAAACCAUCAGUGUGCGCAUUCCUUGAAGGCGUCACGUUUGAGGUUGAAGUCAAAUAAGGAAAAAUCCAAGAUGGUUGUGAUGCCUCGGGGCUUAUAUCUGUCUGAAGAAAGAGUGUCAAGUUCUAUCUGGUUGCAUAUCAAUGAAGGUCGCUCUGCUCUGCCUCUGCUGUGUCGCUUCUUAACCGGACCGGACUUGGAGACGAACGCUGAGCUGAGCUGACUUAAAGAAAGCAUCACUGCUCAACCAGGAUUACAAGAAAUUAGUUAAAAAAACGUGACAUUUUCUGCAGAUUGCACUAAGCCCUUUAAGAGCAAACAAGUGAUGGGAAAGUGUUUGGGUGACAUGUGGCCUUUGUUUUAAGGGGACCAAACAGAAAAAAAAUCACUACAAACUGAGAUCUUAUAUUUAUGGUUAAUUGUGGGAAAAUAUUUUGGAUGAAGCUUUAAGGUUUAAAAAAAAGAAGACACUUUGGUGUUUAUGAAUGCUCCAUUAAAUACCCACUUCGAUAAAAAUUGUAUUUUGAAUAUGUUCAUUUCUCUCAUGAUAGAGAUAAUACCGAAAAUUAAGCUUAAAUUCUGAAUUUCUGAGUAUUUCUUUGUUGAAAUAACUGUGAAUCAGGAGCAGAUGAAAAAAGUGGCAUUUGGAGAAGAGCUUAUUUGUGAUGUAGAAAAUACAGUCCACUCCAUUCUGAUGCAUCCACUUAUAAACAAAUAGAUCCGUGAACGCCUGUUUUCUUCGUUUGAGCUGGAACCUGGAUCAAAACUGUACAGCUGGAUAGCACCAUUUUUGUUGGACCGUGAUGUUACAUUGAGGUUGUGAGGGGCUGUAAGCUAGCGGGAGAGAGCAUAAACAGAUGGAUUAUGGGAAGAAGUGUGGCUUACUCAUUGCUAACAGAAGUGAAUUUCAAAUGAACUACAACCGAGCUGCCUAGAAAACAAGUUUUUUUCAAAUUUUGACUAAAAAGGCAACAAUGGUAACUUAAAGACACUUUUACAGUAGAUUAAAAGAUGAUCGGGUGGGUCUUCACAGACAUGUAGAUUCAGAUCUUUAUAAGAAACAUUGUUUGUGGAGGCAGUUCCACAGCUGUGUUUCCUCCACACAAACAGAACAGAUUCCUGCCAAUAUGACAGCGACACACGAGCAGCUAAAGCUGCACCUGUUUAACAUGAUUGUACAUCUGUCCGCUCAAUUGAUGCAGUUCUCAGUCCUCGGCCUUCAGAUAUUUUUUUUGUCAAAUUUGGUUGGAUCUGCUGUGAUGCAGCAGCUGCUGCAGAGCUGCUCAAUGGAAGGAAAUGAUUCCUCUGUGAGCUGAAAAGUCCACAUAAAAGAGGGAGAACUAGAAUAAGCACAAAGCCAGGAAACAAGAAAUGUGACUGUGACGGUUAGAAAAAGACAGCAUAUUCUCACUGUGACCUUCAUGAGUCUAAACCAAGGGUUUAUUCUUUGUCUGUGUCUGAAGUUAUUCCAUAACGAAAGGUUUCUUUACGGUUCCCUUUUUUCUUUUAAAAUGUAUUUUUUUUGUUUUCUAUGAAGCCCCGAACAAGGCAUUAAAAAUGAUUCUUCCCUCAAAUUAAUAAUUUGUGGCCACACAUUGGUAUUGUGUGUGCACAAGAUAGCAUUUUCUUAGGCUACCAAUUUGAGGGGGACAUGCAGUAUUUGUUCUUUUUUUUUUUGUUUUUUUGCUAAGAAAUUAAUAUUUUCAGUGCACAAGUUUGCAUUUUAUUACCAAUUUGUGGAGAACAAAUUACCCUUUUUUUUGCUAACAAAUCAGCUUUCCUUUUCUAAAAUAAUGUAUUUUGUAUGAACAAGUUAGUAUUUUACUACCAAUUUGUGGGGAACAAAUUUGCUUGUUUGCAAACAAAUUAGUAUUUUGUGGGCACUAUCUAGUACUUUGGACAGAAAUGUGUAUUUGUGGACACAAUUUAUUGGUAGAAGUUAGCAUUUAAUUAGCAAUUUGACAACAUAAAUUAGCUUUUUUGCAAAUAAAUUAGUAUCUUGUGGGCACAAUUUGGCAUUUUGGGCACAAAUAAGUUUCUUACCAUGUUCAAUCCCAAAUACCAAUGUCUUUGUACAAAAUACUAAUUUGUGUGCACACAAUACUUAUUUGUAGCCACAGAAUUUAAAUUUUUCUGCAUGAAACGCAAAUUUGUUUACUCAAAAUACUAAUUUGUUUCCUCAAAAUGCUAACUUUAGUGAACAAAAUGUUUUUUUGUGGCCACAAAAUGAUCAUUUGUUUGCUCAAGUCUACUUUGGUGAACAAUCUGUGGCUACAAAUUAAUAAUUUGAGGAUUUUUUUUUUCUUUGAAUGUCAUGUCCAGGGUUCUCUAGUUUUUUGCAUAAAAAUGUUAAAAGUCAAAUUUUAAAACCUGUUUUCUAUCCAUAAAAAAUAUAGAACAACAAAAGCAAUGAAAAUGAAAAGUUACAUAUUUUAGGAAAGAAUUUGUUUCAUUACUUCUACCUAAAUGCUGAAACAUUUGAUUAAAAAACUCAAAGCAACAGUCUAACACGGUGAUGACAGUGUUUUGGUUUGAGGCUGAUUUACUUACUUGAUUGAUGCAACCUUAAAAGGUUUUAUCCUCAAAGAUAAUUUGAUCAGUUUUUUUUUUCAGUCCAGUGGAAAAAAAAUAAAAAAUAUGACAAGUUACAAACUGUCCAGUCAGUUUGCAACACGACAGAUUCUCCUGCUUUGAAGUGGUACUUCCCACCAAUUCACUCCUGAUUGGUGAGAGUGGUUGCCAUAGAAACGUUCACUCAGCCCAAAUGCUUACUGGUUUUCAUCUGGCUCCAACAUGGCGCCAAUCGUAUAUAGUGGAAAAAUUGGAGACUGAUUUGAUUUUAUUGGGUUGGGAGCUGGAAGUAAGUCUAUGGGUGACAUCAUACUCACUCUGUCCAGUUCUCAUGUACAAUCAAUGGAAAAUCUGUUGCUCUUUGUUAGUCAUCGCAAAUUAUUGAUUAAAACACGGUUUUGUCUCUAAACAAACAAAUUGUUCAAAAUUGUCAUUUUAUUAUAAUGUUUUUUUAAACAUUUAUUUUUGACAAAAAUCCAAAAAGUGUUACAGAUCAUUGAAUGUUCAAAGAUGUUUCAUACAGCACUGUAUCUGAGCU